GUGUGCGGGUCUGUGAGGGGCUCUGAGCAGGGCUGCGUGGGGGUCAGUGUGUGGGGCUCUGAGCGGGGCUGGGACUGGGAUGUGCUGCAGCUAACCUGAAGCAGACAGGAAGAGCCAUGCUGGGCAAAGACUACAUGCUCGCCAUCAUCAUAGUCAACUAUGACGACAACAUCUGGAGCGACCAGAACCUGGAUCCGGAUUCGGACCUGCCCCCGGGCUGGCGAACGAUCCGGGACAGCACGGGCACGUACUACUGGCACGUCCCCACGGGAGCCACCCAGUGGCAGCACCCCUCCUACAGCUCAGAGGAGACGAGCGGCGCCAUCAGCGGCAUUACCGCCAGCGGCCUCAAGAGCCUCAGUGAUGAUGGGGGCCACGGGUCCCGGGGGAGGGACAUCGAGAGCCCCCUGGCGUCUGUAAAUAACAGGAGACCCCUGUCCUGGCAGGAAGACUACUUCUCCCCCUGCUCUGACCCGGACUCAAAGUGCUUCGCGGUACGCUCCCUGGGCUGGGUGGAGAUCCCGGAGGAGGACCUGGUGCCGGGCAAGAGCAGCAUCGCGGUGAACAACUGCAUCCAGCAGCUGUCCCACAGCAAGUGCGAGGGCCGUGACGCCCUGGGCGCUUGGGGGGAGGGUCAGGACAUGGUGAUGAUUCUGAAGAAGGACACCCUCAGCCUGGUGGACCCCAUCGACCAUGGCCUGAUCCACUGCCAGCCAAUCGCCAACAUCCGCGUGUGGGGCGUGGGCUGCAACAAUGGAAGAGAUUUUGCCUUCGUGGCCAGCGACAAGGACACGUGCAUGCUGAAGUGUCACGUGUUUCGCUGCGACGUUCCGGCCAAAGCCAUCGCCACUGCGCUGCACCAGAUGUGUUCCAAGAUAAUGGCGGAGAGAGCCGUGAUGCACCCCGCUAUGCCACGCUCACUGACAGCGGAGGGCAUCUCACCUGAAGACUUACCACGGCAAGUGGGUUUCCUUGACGCCGUGAGGCAGAGGGUGCAGAAGUUCUCGGUGCAGUACAUCGGAAACCUGCCUGUCCCACGGGCCAUGGGUAUGGAGGUGCUGAACAGGGCCAUUGAGAGCAUCAUGAACGCCCGGGACAGGGACGAGUGGGAGCCAAUCGGCAUCCACGUUUCAGACACGGUGAUGUCGCUGUGGAGGGGAGAGGACGGAGAGGACCCUUUCUGGGAGUCUCAGGUGCGUUACCUGACCUUCCUGGGCGUCGGCCAUGACACGCACACCUUCGCCGUCAUCGUGGACUCGGGGAAGCAGCAGUUUGAGUGCCACGCCUUCUGGUGCGAGCCGGACGCCGGGAACGUGUCCGAGGCAGUGCAGGCGGCCUGCAUGGUGCAGUACCAGAAGUGCUUGGUGGCGCAGACGCCGCCCGUCAGGUCCAAAAUGCCGCGGGGCGGAGCCAAGGUGAAGCGGACCGCCUCCAUGGACAUCUCGCACUUCCACCCGCGUCACCACGGCAACGCCCCCCCCAAAUUCGGAACGUCCAGCGUCAAGAAGGGCAUGAUGGCCUUCUUCGACACCUUCCGAAACAAACAGACGGCGGUAUCCAUGCCCUAG